ACUGGUUGGUAAACAAAAUAUAUCCACUAAAGUCUAAAACAGGUAUAUUUUUACGUUAAAAACCGCAGCACUAUAUUUAAUUGCAUUUAAACAACGAUAGUUUCAAGUGUCGUUAAUGAUAAUUGAUUAUGACGUUAUAUUAAUUACUCAAUGUCAUGUCGGCGAGACAAGUCAAGAGUCAAUUGUUAUAAUUAAUUUCUGUUACGGUUUUUCUUCUGCACCGGUCCACGUGCCCCCUCGGUCAUUAACUAGACAGCCGACGGCGAACCACCACGAACAACACCUUUCGCAGACAAUGAUUCGACCUGCAACAAUGGUGUUAGCCGUGCUGUCGUUCCUAAGCUUUGCGACGUCCACGGUCGCUGCAGGUAUGACGUCGUUAGCCGACGCGGUUUCAAUGUCGGUGGUUGCUGCCCAAAACAACGGCGGCGGCGGGUACACUGCCGAGUUGUUCGACUGUCUGGCGAACGUGACGCGAACGUACUUUGACCGGCGGACCGUUUAUAUGUACUUCCGACGGUCAGGAACAGUGGAGUAUGCAGCCGCGGUAGAUGCAUUCGCCAUGGCCGUGCAAAGCCCCAAAGUGAUCGUGCCAUAUUCGUCGUUUACUGCGGACGUCCCCCUGCAGCAGCAGACGAGGGGCAAGGUCUUCGCGUUCCUGGCCGAGGACAUGCUGUACACGCAACUUCUGAACGCAACCCAGCGGAGCCACUUCGUGGCAGUGUGGACAAGGCAGAUGCCCAUGAACAAUAUCCGGCGCACAUUCCGACACUUUUGGGACGCGGGCAAGCAUGUAAACGUGGUCGGGCUGGUUCGGAUGGACGGCGGUGGCGUGAACGCGUAUACUUAUCGGCCGUUCUCCAGCUACGGAUGCAACAAGCUGGGGCGACCGUUCCUACUGGACCGGUGGGUGGACGGGCGAUUCGGGGUGGGCGCUGACCUGUUCUCCAGCAAGCCGAAGACCGGUAACAUGCUCGGCUGUCCGCUCCGGUGCGCCGGAAAUGAACACCCACCCGACACGGUAUUGAGGCCGGGCGAUGGCACUGCACAACGGCCGCAGUGGACCACAUCCGGCGUCGGUGGCAAGGUGCUAGAGAUCGUAGCCAGACAUAUGAACUUCACGCCGGUCAUCAUGUCACCGAAGGGUGGUGUGUCCGAGAUGUUCAGUUGGUACAACAGCGCUGAAGUUCUAGAGAACAUAACGGCCAUGCUGUACGCAGAGGAGGCCGACUUGGCGUUCGGCUGGUACUCGUAUGCCACGCACAAUAGUGCGUACAACACGGAACUUGCUCGAACCACGAGUAUCGACUGUCUUGGGUGGGCUGUUCCGUACCGGGCGGGUCCGCCACCGCAGUCUUGGACCAAUUACGUUUACGAGUUUGACAAAAUCGGAUGGUUGUUCAUCGGCUCGAUGUUCGUAGUCGUUGUCGGUGUGUUCCAUUUCUUCCGAAAGCUGAAAAAGCUGCACCGUGUGGACUCUGUGGUAUUUUUCGUGUACCACACAGCCAUCGACCAGCCACUGGGCGUGCUGCCUGUCUGGUGUAGCCUCCGGGCGUUCAUGGUGCACUGGCUCUGGUAUUGCAUGGUCAUCAACGUGGCGUACAAAGCGUCGCUGGGUAGCUUCAUGACGGUGCCCGCGCACGGUGCAGAGUUCACUCGGAUGGACGAGAUCCUGAACUCGGCACUGAUCACGAUGGCCACGCCGCGGUCGAUGCACAUUAUGAACGCGACUACGGCCACCACGCGAAUAUCGCGGACGUUCAUGAAGCGGCUCCAGCUGUUGCCGCCUACCAACUUCGAGCUGGUCAUCGACCGACUGGUGGUGAAGCGUGACAUCGCUCUGUUUGAGGUCAAGCGGUUCAUGUACUACUACUCCAUACCACAGGCUAAGCGCAUCAAAGUCAAGAUACCCAUACGGUUCCUGCCUGGCUGUCUGUUGCGUACGCACACCACGCAGUUCAUGUUCAACGGUGGCUCAUACCUCAUCGAGCCGGUCAACGCCGUGCUUAGCACGCUAUUCGAGACCGGCAUCGUCGACCACUGGAUCACGCACUUGGGCUCCAACAAGGUGCUACCGCUGGAGAAGAUCCGCGGCCGGGUACUUAAGCUAGUCCGGCUCAAGGAAGCGUUCCUGUUCCUGUUUUUUAGCUAUGCUGUCGCGUUCGUCGUGCUCGUCGUCGAGAUCUGUUGGUCCACAAGACUACAUCGCCGAAUGUGGCGGAUCGUCCUGCAGCGACAACGUCUGGAUCGAUCCUCCACGAUGGCUACAAGUAGUAAUAGUACUGGCAAUAAAAGUGGCCGCAGAUCCUCUAACAGUAACACCGUGUUUCCGUUCGUCCACUGAUAUUAUGAUUUCGCCAUUGAUCAUCACAUUUUGGCAUAACAGCCAGCUUAAUAUGAUCUAAUUGUAAAACUAUAAAAUUCACUCUAAAUCAAAUAUAUCGUUACUCGUUCUAUACUAACCAUUCUUAUAUAUAGGUAGUAUAUACAUCUUUGUGAUGUGUUACUCAAAUUUCAAUUUGACACGUAUAUUAAAUUUAGAAGUAAAGCAAUCAAAUCAAAAAAAUAAAAUAGUUAAAAAGAAGCGUUUAGAAGAGAUGUCUGAGCUUGAACAAAUUAAAAUAGGACUGUUUGAUUUCAUUAAAUCUUUAAGUUUUACAUUUUGCCAACCCCAACCCAAUAGUCAACUAAAAAAAAUUAAAAAUUACGACAAACCCGAUAUUUGGAGAAAAUUAUAAAUAAAACAAAAAAAAAAACAUUUUUAGGGCACGAUUUUGUCAAACUCCCCGCCGUGUCUCCAGAGUAAUGCUAAUACCAGGAUAUGUAGUAAAUUAUUAUGGCCGCAAUUCGUAUGUCCCUCUCAUAAGCCCGGGCCGCAACUAGUACUUGAUUUAGGGAUUGGACUUAAACUCACAAACAGCGUGGGUGAAUCAUUAGUUUUCUUUUUAAUAUUGUAAAUUGAUUAGUAGAUGCAUUGCCCACAACUAUUAAAUUAUUUAUACUAAAACUUUUGGUAAUAAUACUAUUCCGAUUUCCGGCUAUCAAUAAAGUCAUGAUAAAAAUCGAGAAAUUGGUCAGGUUUGAUAUUUUUUGGGUGAUAUUUAUACGUUUUCUCCGAUUACCAAGUAGGAUGAUCUGGGAUGAAUUAGGGAGAGUAGGAAAUGUAAAUAUGAGUAGAUAAUAUGAAGAAAGGGGUGAAAUGCAUUUAUUUUUAUUACCAAAUGCGCAAUGUAUAAAAUAUGCGAGCCCGAACAAUCCAACUCCGUCAUCGUUUUCCGCGGUUUGUUAAUAUGUACUUAUUUUGCCUAAACUAUACGCCGUAUAACACCUUAGGUUUGUACGAAGUCAUUCAACAAUGUAUUAUUAAUAUUUAUAUUAAUUUAUGUACACUUCAUUUCUAUUAGUAUUUACACUGAUUUUUCGUACUCUAUAUUCUAAAUAUAGGUAUUUUACAAUAAUUGUAUAAUUAUUAUACAUUUUACUUAGUUUUUGAUUAUAAUAAUACACUACAAUAUAAAUUGGUUGUCGUCAAUUAUCAAGACUCACAAU